CAAUAACAAAUAUUUUCAAUGAACAAUGCCGUAUGUCAGUAUUAUUGUGUAAAAGCAAUUAAAUAACGUAUAUUGCAUGACUGCAAAAAGGGGAAAAGGCCUUACACACCUUACUUUUUUAAAAAAGUACAUCUGACACUUCUCACAUGCCUGUUUCUUUUCCUUAAAGAUCGUCUGAAAUGGUAGCGGAAUCUAAUAUUCGCGAAACCGAGUGUCACAUAGGGGCUAGGAUAGAGCUAAAUGGAUACUAUGGUUCCAUCAAGUAUAUUGGACCAUUGGAAGGAUAUCCAGGCAAAUGGUUGGGAAUUGAUUGGGAUGACCCCACUAGAGGCAAACACAAUGGCAUGAUAAAAGGAGUACAGUAUUUUGAAACCAGACAUCCCAAGUCUGGUUCAUGUUUGAGGCAGGAGGUGGUGAAUUUUGGACAGCCAGCAAUUAGUUCUAUACUGUCCAGAUAUCAUAAUUCUGAAGACAGUAAUAUUUAUGAAGAAGAACUGAAGAGUUUUCAGAAGUCAAUAAAUGCACCAUUUUUGCAGCUGGUUGGUUUUGAUAAAGUUGCUGAUAGGCUUAGUAAUUUUGAGUCACUACAAAUAGUGAACCUCAGAUUGCAAAAUGUUAAUUCACCUGGCCGCCCAAUGGAAUUAAAGAAUCUGUGCCCAAAUAUCAGAGAGCUGGAUAUUUCAAAAAACUUAUUGAGUUCAUGGUUAGACAUUUUUGAUAUUUGCAGUCAAUUAGAGCAUUUACAUUGGAUCAAUGUCAGUGAAAAUUAUUUGACACUUCCUGACAAUUAUUCUGAUUUCAUUUUUCCUAAUAUAAAAACUCUCAUCUGUGGUUACAUGAAUUUAAAGUGGAGCGACGUGUUGAAAUUAUCUACGGUUUUCCCAAAUGUUGAGGAGUUGCGUGUACCCUAUAAUGACAUAACUGUCUUAUGUAUCCCCAAAAACACCACCCUCAUUAAUUUGAAAAUGUUAGAUUUGGAGGGCAACAGUAUAGAACAUUGGUCUGAGAUCAUGAAACUUUCAAUCAUUGGUACAUUACAGCAGCUCAACCUGGAAAAUAUCAAUUUAAAGAGCAUAGAGAUUGAUAAAACAGACAACAUAUUUAUAAACUUGAUUAAAAUCAAUCUAAGCAACAAUGAUAUAAUGAAUUGGAAAUCUGUGGGAGAACUGGACAAACUUCCCUGUUUAGAAGAAGUCAGGUUAAUGAGGAAUCCCUUUCUGGACUUAACUGAUUUGGAAACGAGAGAUCAAAUGAUAACGGCACGCUUGAAAAAUCUAAAGGUAUUAAAUGGCAGAGUGAUAAGUGCGGAGGAACGACGGGGGGCCGAAUAUGAUUACAUAAAGAGACACGGCUUGGAAUGGCUGAAAGUUAAAGGCUCACCUGAUGAGCAGAGUUUCCUUUCUGAGCACAACAGAUAUUUGGAGCUCAUCCAAACUUAUGGUUCACUGGAGGAGUCGGAAUUAACGGUGCAGUCGCACAUCCUGCAAAGUUCAUUGAUCACGUUAAAAUUAGUUCAUGAAGAUAGGAUAAUAUUGAAAAAGGUGCCACCAACAAUUGCGGUCCAGAAAUUGGUGAUGUUGGCCGGUAAACUGUUCAAGUUGUCCGAUAGACCGAGGCUAAAGUAUAUAAGCGGAGCCAAAUCCGAAAUCGAAGUCGAUUUGGAUGACGACGUUAAAGAACUCGGUUAUUAUUCGGUCCAAGAAGGGGAUAUCAUUAAAGUUUUAAUAUGACACGUGUGAUAUUUAAAUUAGAGAUAAUUUUAUUUAUUAUAUCAUACACAUUUGUUUAAUAAAUAUUACAAACAUCA